AUGGAACUAAAGAACUAGAUUCUGUUGGUUAUUCUAAUACCAAUCAUUCUUAUUCUAAUGUUAGCAGUGUUACAAGUAGGUUUGUUGGGUUUUGUGAGUAUCCCUAGUUUUCAAGAUUCGCUGCUGGACUUUCAUAUAAACAGACACUUGAAUGGUCUUUAAAUAGAGAUGAAUAUCAUAGAGCAAGAAAUCUAUAUCUAAUACUAAGCUUACUUCAAUUAGAUAUUCGGAGUGAGUGCCCAUUUGAGACAUUAUUGUUUUGGAGAGUUCCAAAAUUACUCAAGCUGGACUUUGGACGACAAGUAGCUGAGUCUCAACGCAUUCACCUCCACCAUGAAGGAUUCCCAAGACUAUAAGAUAGCAUGGUCCCACUCCAAAUAUCAAACCUUGACUGAAUUGCAAAACUAGAGUCCUUAAUUGUACUUUCAACUAACCAAGGCAGCCUAAUCUCUCAUAUUGUCUGACAUCAUAAUUAAUAACACCCGGUCCCUUAAACAAGACCUAAAUUUAAACACAACAAGUGAUACUUCGUCAGAUGCUGAAGCACUUGUCCCAAUAAACUAUGCCGCAACUAUGAUACAUUGCACUGAUUCUUUCGUUAUCCGCUUUCCUCAGUUUACUGAAACUCAAUAAUAAAAACUUACUGGCUUCGAUGUUUCUCAAUGGUUACCAGAGAUCCCCAUGACACUCGAUCCUACCUUAAACUUCACCAUGGUUUAUGAUAGAACAGAUGAAUUUACAAGUGGACCUUCAAUAAGUUUGACAUAAAUAGUUCAUCAAACAGAUACAACAAAAUGUUAUAUGACUGCCAAAGUGCUAAAUUCUUAUUUGGAGGAUUUGACAACCAGACAUCUACAAUAGCACUAAUCUCAAGGGGAGUAGGAGCAUUAACUAUUCGUCGCUAUAAUUAAUAAAGAAUAUACAGUACUUUCUCCCGAAAAUUAUUCUGAUCGAAAUGUCACCCAAGCAAUUGUGUAAUAUAUCAAUGAGACAAAACAACUAAGUAACUCGUCAUAUUCAGAAUUGAUCUCUAAGAUGGAUGCUCCAAUUUAUGAUAAAAUCAAAGAACUCAGGACUAAUGAUACUCUUAAUAGCACUCAAUUAAUCUAUUCUUUUGGAUCAUACAAAUUCUACUUGCUUUUUUCAGAAGUAGUAACCACAUCUUCCAAAAGAGUGUCUAUUGUUACUGCCCCUGAAAAUGGAAGGAGGUAUGUCUACAUUGAACCUGAAGUUAAUGACUUUAAGAUGCCAACAUUUAUACUCAUCCAUUACUUUGAGGAGAAUGUAUUGAUCCAAGAAUUGUACGAAGGCACCUCUUUGAAUAAUGUGAGAAUCUUAGAAAUCAUAGUUCUCAUUGUGAUUAUUGUGUUGUCAGUUGUAAUAUUUUUAUUUGUUUGGUACACUGCCACCAGAAUCGGAUUGUCAUUCGAAUAACCAAUUAAAGUGUUGACUGAAUUCAUGAACAGCAUAGAUAUCUAGAAUAUGGAUCAAGAAGAGGAAUUGAUAAAUUAUCAAGACUACUUCAAUUCAUUUGAAAUUAAAUCACUAUUCCAAACCAUGAACAUAUUUGUGACAACAAUUAAAUACUCGAAUUAAAAGUAUUCUAACUCGAAACAUUCUGAUGCAAUAGCUCUUAUGGAAUUGAGUAGAGCCAAAGACUUUUAUAAGAAAGAAAUUGGUAAUAUGAGUGCUGUGGGUAUUUGUGCGAAUAAUAUUGGAAUUCUACACAUGAAGGGAGGGAGAGUAUUCGAAGCAGUCAAUGAAAUGGAAGAAGCCAUUUACAUAGCAAAACUAGAAUUAAUGGAAAUCAAAGAACUCAAGAAAUGGUGCACCACUAUGAUGGCUGCAUUACAGGAACCAAAUCUAUAUCAAAAUUUAAGGUUGAGACUCAAAGGACUCGCAACUAAGUUCAGAUAGUAGAUUGAAAUAACAUGGAUUAAGAAAUUACAAAAGAAACAACAGGAUGAAUAGAAAAAUGAAAAUAACACUCAGAUGAAAGCUAUAUCUUCCUCUUAGAGACAGAAAAACAUUUCGAACACCUCUAAAAACAUCUCAACCACAGUUAUACAUUCGAAAAACAUUCCACACAUGGCUUUAAUCAAUCCUUAAUCCAGUUGUUCCAGUAAGAAUACACAAUUAGCAAGUGUGGCAGUUAAUUCAGUAACAACUCCAAUCAAUAAGAAGAAAAGAACCUUAACUUACGAGAAGAGCUUGAAUGAAUCAAAAAAGGGAUUACAACCAAUCAAUUAGGUAGAUUAAGAGAAUUCAAAUUACUACUCUCCUCAACUUUCCCCGAAUGUGAGCAACAACAGAUCUAAAUAUUUGGGUUAAUCCUACAAUCAGAGUAGUAUAAUGCAGAGUCAAAGAUUGGACAUGAAAGAAAGCAUUAUCAAUUAUGAAGAUAAAUAGAAUAAUAAUCAAGUAGAAGAAAGAGAAAGAAACAAUUCUGGAUCCAGUGAUGUCUAGAUGUCAGAACUUCAGAUGAUAAAAGAGAAAUUAUCGGAAUUGACAAAAAAGAAGAAAUUGGCUAAGGCUAAAUUAUUGAAUAGAUAAUUUUAGCUUGCCUAAUUCAUGUUCAACAUCUGCAUGUAAUAUUCUGAUGUGUUCAUUCCUGAAACUCUCAAAUUGUUUACUGACUUUGAGGCCACUGCAGAAAAAGAUUAAAGAUUCACCCAAUCCAAAAUUGUUAGACUUAUCAAUCUACAUGUCAAAAAGGCAUUGUGUUACAUCCAAAUUGGUGAUAUUAGUAACUUUUAACUCUCAGAACAGAAAGCUGAAGAAUAUUACAAUAAGUUGAUUCAAGACAAUGCUAAUCUUGAAUAGGCCUAAUAAAAUGAGGAGCAAGACUUUAACUUUGUCGACAUGUUCAAGAAUGUACCAAAGGAAGUGUUGUUUUCUAAGAUAAGAUAACUCAAAGCCAUAUAUCAACUGUUGAGAGGAAACUUCAAGACUGCUGCUGAAAUCUUAACUGAAAUUAUAGAAAUGGGCGAUUACUAUGAUCCAGAAGUUAGGGAUUUCUGUCUGAUGGUUUUGGAGAAGAUAUUCAAAUUAUUUAACAUUUCUCCUUAGCCAAUUCAACAGUUCAGAAAUUAGAUUUCCAUUAAUGUCUAUGAGAUUGUAUUCAUGAUCGACUACUCCAAAGAGAUGAACAUCGAAUAAAUCAAUCUUUCUCAUAGUAUCUGCACCAAAAUCUUUUCCAUUUUGUAACCCUAAGAUUUAAUCGGAAUGUACGGUUUCAAUAACUCUCUUCAUGAAGCCUUUCCUCUUCAACCCAAAGGGACUUAUAAGGAUCUUCUAAAUAAGUAAUUAUAUAUGGCCAUCACUGCUCCUGGAGGCAACUCCAGAUUGUAUCAAGCCUUAAGAUUUGCUGUGAAAAACUUCUUUGAACAUAAAAUCAAUAUUUCAAAUGCCAACAAAAGCAACGGUAAAUCUGAUGAUCAAAAGAGCAGUUUAAAGAAGGAGUGCAACAACUUCACCAUUCACGAAGAGAACGAACAAGACUUGUCGUAAUCACAAUUCCCACCCUUGUCUAACAAUGACGAUCCAAAAUAAAAACUCAAUGAAUCCCAAACUGAAGGAGAAUAAGACACUGAAUCUGAUAAUGAUGACAUUCAAUUCUUCAAAAAUGGCAAUAAUGUCAAUCUGAAUGGGAAGAGUGAAGACAAUAACGACCAAUAGCAAUACGAUUUCAGAAGUAGAUACAAAUUUAUAUGCAUUUUCACCGAAAUCAAUAAACACAUGUGUUAGAAGUAGGAGGAGAAACUAAAACAACUACUUGAAAAGAAUUAGGUUGAUUUGAUGGUGUUCAAUAUUGCCAAUCAAAAUGCCAACAUGUUGGAGUUGAAGAAACUAUCAAAAAUAACUCCAAGAAGCAUAUUUGUCAAUGCCACAGCAAAUCUUGAACAAUUGUUUGGAAAGUCGAGAUAAAACUAACUUUAAAAAAAGAUGUAUUUAGAAUUCUUCUGA